AUGCCUGUCGUAGUCGAUCAGAGCAUCCGUCCGCUCGAGGGCCGGCGCCGCCGUCCAGCCACAGAUCAACGGACCGGCAGGCGGAAAGGAAGGUUCGCAGUUAAUGCGGGGGCAUCCUCAAAAUCUUCGGCACUGGUCAAGAACGCAAGCACACGACACACGAGAAUUCGCCAGGAAACCGGAGGAAACCACAUAGCCACCCUCAACCGUCUGAUCAAAACACUACAAGAGAGUGGCAUCCCUGGACCGCAGCUGUUCCGUCUGAAUAACGAGUUCUCACAUCAGCUCGGGCAGGGUGGUCAGGGCAACGUCCGCGGUCUAAACCCUGGAGUCGCGCGGCUAUAUCGGCGGGCUGACAAACGCAUUCACAAGAUCUGGCCAGUCAAGCACAUUGCUAUUAAACAGCAUAUCAAGAUGAGGGGCGGGCACGCUGACACUCGCUUCUGUAACAACAAUCUAUCCUCACGCUUUCGGGCUGCCGAGUGUGAAGUCCUCGCUCUCUCCCCGGGGCUGUUCCGAGACCACCCCAACAUCGUCAAAUUGGUCGGCUGGGGUCUUUGUCUUGACACCAUUGAGGACCCCGCAAGCCCUUGCUGUGGUGGCCUGCAGCUCCCACUACUCGUCUUUGAGCGAGCAGAGAUGGACCUCGCCCAGUUUCUAGAACGUCUCUUCCCAGAACCCCAACAGAGCGACGACGCGCGAGCAGAGGAAGGCCUAGUGGGAUCAUCCCUAGCUAGAAGAGCCGAGCCGCAGCGAUCGUGGUUGUCUUCGCGGUUACAGCUGUGCUGGACCUCCCUCCAGCGCUGGUCAGGCCUAGAGCCCGAUCCGUACGAGGUGGUUCGGCUCUUAUGCAUCGACAUCGGUCACGGUCUGCGAAGCCUCCACGAGAACCAUUUCACACAUGGCGACUUGAAGCCAGAGAAUGUCCUCAUUUUCAAUACUAGCGGCACUUGGACUGCGAAGCUGUGUGAUUUUGGAUGUGCCGUCGGCCAGGACAAAACGACCGCCCAACAACACGGUGCUACUAUCUCGAAUGUGCAGAAGGAAGAAUACCUUGGAACACCGUACUGGCUGCCUUCCGAUUGUGAGCUUGCGGCCCUCGGCGGGCUUGAAAGCUUGCAGAAAUGCGAUCUCUACGUCUACGGCCUCCUUGUUUGGAGCUCGUUUUGCCUGAGAGGCAAACACCCACGGGCUCGCCCAGAGCUAGAUGACGCACUGUCCGACAUGAAGGAGCUUGGCGACAGAAUGACAUAUAUGUUGCUUCCUCUAUCUCCAUACAAGCAGCGACUCCUUGACCAAGUCUCUGAGUUACUUAAAAAGACCAUGGUCGAUCCAGCAGAUCGUAGCCUCAAGCCAUGGACAUGCUUAUAUCUUGACUCUGGAGAAAGUGGACAACAUGCCGAACCAGCCAAUUCAGGGUACAGACACGCUAGCGAGAGAUUCGAGACCAUGCUCCCUAGCCACCACGCUCUUGAUACCAAGUCGCCUUGGUCGCCUUGGCCGCAUAUGAAGUCGGAAACGAAAGCACGGUACAAGAACUACUUCUGGUGGCGUGGAAGUGACGAUUGGCCAGGUGUCCCCCCCGACGAGGACGGGAGCGGUCCAGCCUCCGAGGUGCCCUUGCAUUUGGAUGAGAACUGCCUCAGCACCGCUUUAUUUGUCACUUCAAGGCGUCGAGAGGAUGCGAAAGAUCUGCCCCGUGACAUGAUGAGGAUAAUUCACAAGGGCCAGGGAAGCACUCGGCGCGUGUACAUUUACCCUCGCUUGUACUACUUGGCCCGAUUUCGAAGCCGCGUCGAGCUCGAAUGGUGGACAAUUCCCGUCCAUAGAGUCGAUGGAAACAUUCUUAGGGCGGCAUUGAGAGCUUCUCCACCAGUGGACAUUAAUACUCUUGCAUGGCUUUGUGCAGGUCCUAUCGGGAGCGCCGAGGUUGGGGCACUGGAUGGGGACUUUGCAACAUGGGAGAGCAUUCUUCGGCCAGGGAAAAUGAGAUUGGACGAGUCUACGAGACUCGACCGGUUUCUGCUUCUGCUUCAGUUUGGCGCCCAUGUCGAGAGGGAAGCGUUUGACCACAGAUACUUUCUGGACGACACAAACAUAUUCAGCCGAGGGACCGUCUUUUCGCGAUACUUGCGAUCGUGCCGACCAGGGACGAUACACACCGUUAUGAGAGAGAUUAUCCACAGACUCGACACUGCCUGGAGGGGAGGUCGCAUUUCUGCAUCCACCUUUGAUUAUUUUGCUGAAAGAGCCGAGUGGGAUCUGGCCAACGAUCACAACUACAUAGCCAAGAGGGCACUAGCGCAGUGCAUGGCGCAAAAGAGAGAGCUUUUCAACGCAAUUUCUUCUAGGACAAUGACCGAGAGAGAUCCCCUGCUUCCCAGGCACAAGAAAGACAGCGCUCCGCUGCCGACCGGCUGGAAACGACACACGGGUACCAGGUUGGAAUGUUUUGAAGACAAGUUCACCCGGUCCGUCACCUUGACUCAACCAAAGAUCAGCCCUUUAAAUAUGCGUCAAAUUAAGGUCGGAUUCCUCCAAACCCGCCUCUUGUACCAUGUUGAUCUGCUCUCGUGCAUGCGCGCAGGGUCGAGCCAGGACAAGCGCCGCCAAUUCGAGCAGGAUCUGGAGAACCGGUUCCCGUACUACGACAGCAGUUGGUUCUCGGCCGAGUGGGACAAGGAGCCCAACACAAACGACGUGCUCAAGGUACUCGAAGAGCCGUGGCGCAUCCAAACAUUCACAACGCUCCUCUCCACGCCGGGGCUGAUGGACAAGAUCUUGGCCUUCCUUCGCAUGGCUAUCAAGGCCCUCGCCGGUGGGAUUCUUGCCCUGACGAUGGUAGCCAUCUUGGUGGCCAUUGCUUUUGCCAUGUGGAUCACUUUUCGGUGGGUUGCUGUGGGAAUGAUUGCGUGGUGGUGUGUUGUGAUGCUCAUCGUAUUGUUCAAGUUACCAAGGAUGCAGUGA